AUGGACGUUGAGCGAAGAAUCCAAAUCAAAGUCCCAUGUUCUUCGUCUAACAUCGGGCCGGGCUUUGAUGUUCUUGGCUUGACAUUAUCAAUGUAUCUUGUACUUAAUGUCGAAAUAUACAAGCCGCAAGCAUCUAAUAAAGACAAUCAUGUAACAAUAACUUAUUCUGGAGAGGGAGCAGAAAAAAUUUCUGUAUCAGCCGAAAAGAACCUUAUAACAAAAUCAGCUCUUUAUGUUUUGGCUUGCCAUGAUAUCGAGGGCUUUCCAGCGCCAUUGAGGAUUCACGUUGAUAAUUCGAUACCAAUGGGCCGAGGUCUGGGUUCAUCCGGUGCCGCUGUAGUGGCUGGUGUUCUUCUAGGUGACUUUAUUGGGAACUUGAAUAUGACUAGAGACAGGAUACUCGAUUUUUGUUUAAUAAUUGAGAAACACCCGGACAAUGUGACGGCAGCUUUAAUAGGCGGCUUUGUGGCUGCAUAUUUGAGAACCUUAGAUCCAAAGGAUACCGAUGCCCCUUCGAUACCUCAUUCUGAAACAUUGGAUGCGAAAGAAGUACGAAAAACGAACGAUCAUCCUCCCGAAGUUCCUGAGGGAAUUGGGCAUUAUAUAAGACUAAAGUGGGCGAAGGAAAUAAAAGCAAUCGCUAUCAUUCCUCAGUUUGAGGUUGCUACGGUCACUGCCAGGAGCGUGCUUCCUGAAGCAUACACAAGAGAUGAUGUGGUGUUUAAUUUGCAGCGACUAGCGGUAUUGACAACUGCCUUGUCUGUAUCCCCUCCGAAUGCGGAUCUAAUCUUCCAAGCAAUGCAAGAUCGAAUACAUCAGCCAUAUAGAAAACAUCUCAUCCCAGGACUGCCUCACAUUCUUUCAAGCGUCAAGCCGCAGACACACCCAGGGUUGCUCGGCAUAUGUCUCAGUGGUGCUGGACCAACUAUACUAGCAUUGGCAUAUGACAAUUUCGAUCAUAUUGCCGAGUCUAUAACAAAAGCUUUUGCAAAAGAAGGAAUAGAUACCGUAGUAAAGGUUUUAGAGGUCACUGAGGAUGGCGCUCAAGUAACGAAAUUGUCAUUAUAA